CACGUUUCGUCAGUACGUGUGCAUUAAGGUUAGGUCUCCCGACUAGAAGGUGGGCGCUUCCUGGGCCUGUUGCCUGCUGAGGUUCUCCUGCUGUGGGGUACAGUGCAGUCCUCAUGGCGGAGAUAAUCCAGGAACGCAUAGAAGAUCGAAUCCCCGAAUUGGAACAGCUGGAGCGCGUUGGACUGUUCAGUCGUGCGGAGAUUAAGGCUAUCAUUAAGAAGGCUUCUGAUCUAGAAUACAAAAUACAAAGAAGAUCUCUUUUUAAGGAAGACUUUAUCAAUUAUGUUCAAUAUGAAAUUAAUCUUUUGGAACUUAUCCAGAGAAGAAGAACACGCAUUAAAUAUUCAUUUAAGAAGGAUGAGAUUGAGCAUUCUAUUGUGCACCGGGUACAAGGUAUCUUCCGACGUGCUUCAGCAAAGUGGAAAGAUGAUGUUCAACUUUGGCUAUCCUAUGUUGUUUUUUGUAAGAAAUGGGCUACCAAAGCUCAACUUAGCAAGGUAUACUCUGCCAUGUUAGCUAUUCAUUCAAAUAAGCCAGCUUUGUGGAUUAUGGCGGCCAAAUGGGAAAUGGAAGAUCGCUUAUCUUCUGAAAGUGCAAGGCAGCUGUUUCUUCGGGCUCUGCGCUUUCAUCCAGAGUGUCCAAAACUCUAUCAGGAAUACUUCAGGAUGGAGCUAAUGCAUGCUGAGAAACUGCAGAAGGAAAAACAAGAAUUUGAAAAGGCCGAUAUGGAUAUGGGGAAUUUUGAUCAUCCUGAAGAAAUCCUUAAUGGCGAGUUGGCACGCAUCGUCUACAAAAAUUCUAUAAGCAAGAUUAAAGGUGCUGAAUUUCAUGUAUCACUUCUUUCAAUUGCACAACUGUUUGAUUUUGCCAAAGAUCUACAAAAAGAGAUUUAUGAUGACCUUCAGGCUAUGCACACAGAUGACCCUCUCACUUGGGAUUAUGUGGCACGGCGAGAAUUAGAGAUCCAGUCUCAACCAGGAGAUGAGCAGCCUUUGACGAAACAAGCCAGAGCAGUGGAGGUGGGCCAGAGGGAGGAGAGGUGCUGUGCUGUAUAUGAAGAGGCGGUGAAGACUCUGCCUACAGAGGGCAUGUGGAAGUGUUAUAUCAACUUUUGCUUGGAAAGGUUUUCUAAGAAGACGAGUAGUGCGUUCCUCAGAGGGAAGAGACUGGAGAGAACUAUGAUUCCAUUCAGGAAGGCACAUGAACUCAAGCUCCUUUCAGAAUCCCAAUGCAAGCAGUGGAUUGAGUUGUUGUUGCACCGUGACUUCUUUACGGAAGCUCUGGAGGUAGCAGAAGCUGGGAUUGAAUUGUUCAAGGACUCUGUGACAAUGUGGCAGAUGAAGCUGCAGGUGCUGAUUGCCUCAAAGAGCCCUGACAUAACCAUGUUUGUUGAAGAAGCCUUUGUGCACCUAAAACCCCAGGUUUGUCUGCCCUUGUGGAUUUCUUGGGCAGAGUGGAGUGAAGGUGCCCAAAGCCAUGAAGACACAGAAGCAAUCUUUAAGAAAGCUAUAUUAGCUAUCACAGGUACCAGCUCAGUAACUCUGAAGGAUAAAUACCUGGAUUGGGCUUAUCGAAGUGGUGGCAACAAAAAGGCCAGAACUGUGUUUAAAAGUUUACAGGAAAGCCGGCCAUUUUCAGUAGAUUUUUUCAGGAAAAUGAUCCAGUUUGAAAAGGAGCAAGAAUCCUGCAAGAUGACAAACUUAAGAGAAUAUUAUGAGAGAGCUUUGAGAGAGUUUGGAUCUGUAGAUUCUGAUCUUUGGAUGGACUACAUCAAAGAAGAAUUGAGCCAUCCACUUGGUAGACCUGAGAAUUGUGGACAAAUCUAUUGGCGAGCCAUGAAGAUGUUGCAGGGAGAGUCAGCAGAGUUGUUUGUAGCCAAACAUGCUAUGCAUCAGGCUGGCCAUUAGUGAAGAGAAGAAUACAACCACCUUUGUGAAAUCCUCUUGCAAGCCUUCUGGACACAUUUGUAUUAUAAGACAGUCUGUAAAUUGAGAAGACAGACAAAAUGGCUGAUUGGUUUUGAGACAUGUUUUGUGUUGUGUUAAUCUUUAGUUUCAAGAAAAAGAACUGCUUAUUGAAUGACUACUCGUUGAGACCAAACCUACUAGUUUUUUGUUCUCCCCUCCACCCUCCUGUACUGGGGAUUGAACCCCUGGGGGACUCUACCAGUGGGCUAUAUUCUGAGCCCAUUUCCCUCCCUUUUUAAAAAAAUUUGAGACAGGGUUUCACUGAGUUGUCCAGACUGACAUCAAAUUUGUGAUUCAGUUGCCUCAACCAGAAUCCCAAGUAGCUGGGGUUACAGGCAUGUGCCACCAUGCCCAGCAACCAUAGUUCUUAAAAAACUGAAUUUUAUUUUUUAUUCCAGGCCAAGCAGCCAUAUUUCUAAUCUAGACCUAGCAGCUAGUUAAAAUGAAAAAGGAAGUAUGGUUUUAUUUUCUCCUUAACUAUGAAAACUAUAUAUGAUAUGCAUUUGAAAUAUGGAUGAAAUAAGAUAGGAGAAAAUGAAAACCACUUGUAAUCUAGCUUAAGUUGAAUAUAGUAAUUUGAUUUCCUUUUUCAGAAUUGGCUUAUAUUUUUAGAUCAUUCAUUCAAGAAGUAUUUGAGUGCUCAUCAUGUUCAGGAAAGAAGGAAGGCUUUGGGGGAUGGAGGUAGGGGUUGGAAAAACAAAUGCCCUAAGAGCUGGUUGGAGCAACAGAGAUGAAGUUACUGGAUUUGGGGGAGGGGGGAGUCCUUUAAGGUUAAGACAGUAUAAAAAUGUGUUUUAUCUGUCCUAAGGACAGAUAAGCAGAGAAUUGUUUAUAUUUGCAUUGAGGAGGCCCAGCAACAAAAGGGCAGGGUAGUAGAUUAAAGUGGCAGAGAAGUAUCUCAGUGGGGAGGCCUGGAAAGAUGACUUAGGGCAGAAAAGGGCAUUUUGAGAGCAGGGAGAGAAUUGUUUGAAUUAUAUCAUUUAACAUUGGUGAUGUCACUGGGAGAAACAUUCAGUGCAAUUUCACUUAAUAGUACAUUAUUUUCCUGUGUCAUUAAAUACCCUUAAAAACAUUUUGAAGAAUUUGUAAGAUACCAUUAUAAAAUGAGCCAUGAUUAAUUUUACUAAUCCCCUAUGGUUGGACCUUGUCAUUUAUUCAUAUAUAUAUAUAUAUGAAUGAAUGUGUGUGUGUGUGUGUGUGUGUGUGUGUGUAUACACACACACAUACACAAAUAUAAUAUUUACAUACUUUUAAAUUAUAAAUGCUUCUGAUGGAGAUUUUUAUCAUUCAUUGUUCACAUCCAUGGCUAUUUCCUUUAAGAGACUGAAUUUCUGGUAUGAGUGGAAUUUCUGGAUCAAAGAUGUAUCAUAGAAAAUAUUGAUAUGUAUUUCCAGUUUGCUCCUUUCAAGCAGUAUGAAAGUGGCAGUGUUCUUGUUUGCACUAGAUAUUAUAUUUUUUUAUUUUUGACAUUUUGAAAAGUGAUAGUUUUAACAUGCAUUUUUCUGGUAUUAGUGAAGUUAAUGUGUUCAUGUGUCUCAUCUUUCAUACUAUUUUUAAACUACUUUUUUUUUACUAAUUUAUGACUUUUUAAAAAAAUUCUUUUAGUUGUCAGUGGACUUUAUAUAUAUGCAGUGCUGAGAAUUGAACCCAGUGCCUCACACAUGCUAGGCAAGUGCUCUGCCACUGAGCUAGGACCCCAGCCCUAUAAGAGUUUUUUAAUAUGUUGUGAAUACCAGUCUUUCAUUUGUCUCUACUUUGUUGCAAAUAAUUUCUAUGUGUCAUUUCUGUUGUUUUAGAAAUGCUUUGAAGUUCUUCUUCUUGCUUUUCCUUUUUCCCCACAAAGCAUUUAACUAGUUUUUUAGCACUCUUUGGCUAUUUUUCUCUCUGCUGAUUUCUGAUACUACCUUUAGUAUAUAUUGAAUUCCUGUGCCUAUUAGAGUGUUUUGGGAUGUAUUUAUUUUGAGCUUUUGUACUCUUACAUGUUGUUUGCUUGUCAUUUCCUUUAAGAAAAAUUUCUUUCUCAAGUCCUGGGAAGUUCAGUUUU